GAGCAGAGAAAAUCGCUUUUCGUCAGAUCUCUCCCAGCUACAGUAACGACAGAAGAGCUCACGGAAUACUUCUCAAAUUCAUAUCCUAUCCGACACGCUGUCGCUGUUCUCGACCCAGCUACGAAACAAUGCAAAGGCUACGGAUUCGUAACUUUCGCCGACGCUGAAGAUGCACAACGAGCACGGGAAGAAUUCAAUGGCAAGAAGUUCAAGGGACAAAAGAUCAAGGUCGAGUUUGCCGAGUCAAGGCAUCGAGAUGAGGAGAAGGGUACUGCGCCUAGUGCAGUGGCUGAGGCGAAGGCUGCCAGAGAAGAGAAGAAGAAAGAGAAGCGUGAAGUACAACAACCGCCUAAACUCAUCAUUCGAAAUCUUCCCUGGAGCAUUAAAACGCCGGAGGAUUUGUCGGUGUUGUUCCGCAGCUUUGGGAAGGUCAAGUUUGCCACGAUUCCAAAACAGAAGACUGGUCUCCAGCCUGGAUUUGGGUUUAUAACCAUGAGGGGGCGCAAGAAUGCUGAGAAGGCACUGGAGGUUAUCAACGGGAAAGAGGUGGAUGGCAGGACUCUCGCAGUCGAUUGGGCUGUGGAAAAGGCUACAUGGCAGACGCUGCAAGAAGAGACCAAGCCGACGACUGCUGACGAGAAAGAGGUGGAUGAUGCAGAAGUCGCAGACUCAGAUGCAUCCGACGCCGAAAGCGAUGGUGGUGUGACUUUAGACGAGGACGAAGACGAGGACGACUUUGAUGAGGAGUUCGACGAGAACGAGGAGGCCGAGGAAGAAUCUGCGACCAAACACGACUCAAAACCAAAAGACGACCCAACGACUCUCUUCAUCCGUAACCUUCCCUUCAGCGCAUCAGACGACUCACUCCGGGAGCAUUUCUCACGAUUCGGCUCAAUUCGAUAUGCACGCAUAGUCCUAGACCAAGCAACCGAACGCCCCAGAGGCACCGGCUUCGUCAGUUUCUACAACUCAGCCGAUGCGGACUCCUGUCUGAAGAGCCACCCCGUAAUCAACGUCACGCACGACGUCAAAGCCAAGAAAGAUGGCUCAACUAUCACCAUUGCCCACUCCGUCCUCCAAGACUCCUCCGCCGAUCCCACGGGCGCCUACACCAUGGACGGCCGCAUCCUCUCCAUCACCCGCGCCGUCGACCGCGUCUCCGCGAACCGCCUCGCCACCGAGAGCGCCGCAUCCCGCUUCAACCGCGACAAGGAUAAGCGCCGCCUCUACCUCCUUUCCGAAGGGACCAUCGCCUCCAACUCGCCCCUUUAUGCAUCCCUCUCGCCCUCUGAAGUUGCCAUGCGCGAAACGAGCGCCACUCAGCGCCGCAAGCUCAUCGAAAGCAACCCCUCGCUCCACCUCUCCCUCACCCGCCUCGCCAUCCGCAACAUCCCCCGCAGCAUCACGUCCAAAGACCUGAAAGCUCUCGCGCGCCAAGCCGUCGUCGGCUUCGCAACCGACGUCAAAGAAGGCAAGCGCACGCGUCUCUCCAAGGAAGAACUCGCGCGCGGCGGCGCCGAAAUGCGCGACGCAGAGACAGACCGCAAGAAGCGCGGCCAGGGCGUCGUCAAGCAGGCCAAAGUCGUCUUCGAGACCUCGGACGGCGGGAAGGUCGCUGAAGCCAGCGGCGCGGGGCGAAGUCGCGGGUACGGGUUUAUCGAGUACUAUACCCACCGCAGCGCGCUGAUGGGGCUGCGGUGGCUGAACGGGCACGCGGUCGAUUAUCGGACGAUGGUGAAGCUGACGAAGGGGAAGAAUAAGAAGGAUGAUGUCGAGGCGAAUCAGGAUCGGAAGAAGCGGUUGAUUGUGGAGUUUGCGAUUGAGAAUGCGCAGAUUGUGGUCAGGCGGAAGGAGAGGGAGGAUAAGGAUAAGGCGAAGGGGAGGGGGGAGACGAGGGGGGAUAGGGCGCCUAGGAAGGGUGGGCGGGAGGAUAAGGGGGAUAGGGGGAAGGAUGAUAGGUGGGGUGGGCAGAAGAGGAAGAGGGAUGAU